AUGGCACUAAGUGAAGUGAAGGUCCUGAAGAGGAAGAUUAACGAAUUGGAGGACAUAACAAAUAAUGAUAUAUAUCGUACCAAGAAGAUGAAAAUGAAGGAAAUGUACUAUGAUGGUAAACAGCCUCAGCAACAGAGGUCACCGUCGCCGUCAGAAAUUUCGUCCUCUAGUCCUCCUAAAUCCCGUUCAAAGUCAGUAUCGUUUGAUUUAUCUAACAACACUCAAUAUGAAAAUUCGCCUCUUUUGACACCGAAGGAAGAGGAUGAUUUCGAUGGUGACAUAUUGAAUAAUGAGGAAAGCAGUAUCGAACUGGUGGAGAAUGAAAAAGCUAUAGAUGUUGCCAAGAAUCCCGACUAUGUUGCUCUAUCAUCGACACUUCGUCUUUUGAAGAAUAGCAAGCACAAUAUACUUGAGGAUAUAAGCAAAUUAUCGGAUCUCUUGAAAGAGCAUUCCCAAAAAUCUAGCAAAGAUGAGUUAGUUGAUUUUGUUUUUAAAUUAAUGAGUAAUGACUUGAAUUUACCUAAACCCCACAAAAUCAUAAAGUCGCCCCUAAUCGAGUGGACAAAAUAUCAUGGUGGUUUAGUAAACGUAAAUAGGGGCUUGGUCCAGGCGCUGGAGAUUGAUGAGUCCCUUUUCAAAACUUUGAACGUAUUUUGUUCAAAAACAUGA